AUGAGGCGGAGGUUCUCAAAGCGCCCUUCCUCUCCUUCUCACCGCCUUCCUUCGCCCGUCCAGCCAAACACCAUGUCCCGCCUCGCCCCCUCCUCCGCUUUCCUGCCCCUCUUCGCUGUCCUCCUCGCGCUGCUCUUCACGGCUCGAACAGCGCGUGCCGCGAGUGUCUUCACUGCGCCUAAUGGAUGCCCGACGGCGCUGGCAGCUGCGAAGCCGUUCGUGCAGCAGUACGGACCGCGAGCUGCACCCGUCGCAGGCGUCGACUAUUCAUACUGA